UUAUAAAAUUUUAUUAAAUUAUAUUUUUAAUAAAGUAAUUUUAAUUUAUAUUAAAUGAAGUACCCAUAGAGUGCACUAUUAUAACCUCCUUGGCGCGUGAAAUUUAGACAAAGCCCAAGCAAGACCAAUAAGGUAUUUGAUUACAUGUUCGCAAAAACUCAAAACGGCCGAAACGGUCACCUGGAGCAAACCGUUAAUAGCGGCAAAUUUCCUUCCACUUCUUUCUCUCUCGAGUUUUUUUAUCACCAAUUGUCCUCUACACUUGUCCCUCCCUAAACCCUCAAUUUUCUUCCCAAGUUUUCCCUUUCUAGGGUUUCUGUUUCUCUCAUUCACUCAUUCCUCUGUCCAGUAAGGAAGUGUAAUAUUUUCAAAAAAUGUCGAAGAAGGAGAAGGAGGAUGAGAGAAUUGAAAGGAUUAUUCGCGGUCUUCUCAAACUUCCUGAGAAUCGAAGAUGCAUAAAUUGCAAUAGUUUGGGACCACAAUAUGUUUGCACAACUUUCUUGACAUUUAUUUGCACAAAUUGUAGUGGAAUACAUCGGGAAUUUACACAUCGAGUAAAAUCAGUGUCAAUGGCUAAAUUUAAAGCAGAAGAAGUUAGUGCUCUUCAAGCUGGGGGAAAUGAGAGAGCAAGACAACUUUAUUUCAAAGAAUGGGAUCCUCAGCGGAAUUCCUAUCCUGAUGGCAGUAAUCUUCACAGGCUUCGCGAUUUUAUCAAGCAUGUUUAUGUGGACAGAAAAUAUUCUGGUGAGAGACGUCAUGAGAGGCUCCCAAAGCUGAGAUUGACCUCAUUAUUUGGAUUCUUAGAAAGUCUGCUGCAUGCUCUCUACCUGAAGCUUUUCUCAUUUAUUAAAGGUUCCUGUGCUCUUAUACAGAGUGACAAGGAGGAAUCCCGUGAGAGCAGGAAGCUUGGUUUAAAUUGUGGUCACUAUAAAAGUCCUAAUUAUGAGAGCAGAUAUGACCAGAAAGGAAGAUCUCAUCCUGGUGGAAUCAGUGAUGACAAAAGUAUAAAAUAUUAUUAUGACGAAAGAAGAAGUCCUCGUUAUGCCCAAGAAAAUUCAAGAUAUGGAGGUUUCAAGAAAAGUCCUGUCCGCUUUGCAGUUGUUGAUGACAGGUUUCGAGAUGACGGUGCUCAAAGCGGAAGGGAAUCUGCUAAUCAUAGGUUUUCAAAUAAAGAUGGCAGGUUUGGGAGCUUGUCACCUGACCGUAAAAAGAGCAUGGAUCAGUCCAGCUCCCCAGUGGCACAACCUGUUAAAGAUAUCCCAGGGCAGAAUGCUCCGGCUAUGCAAGUAGGUGAAUGUUCUAAAGCAACUGUCAGGAAAGAUGCUGAUGGCUCUACCCACAAUCAGAUUAGUGGCAGCAAAGGAUUUAUUGAUGGGAAGACUUUGGAAGAAAAAAAUCAGAAUUUAGAGAGCUUGAUAAAUUUUGAUUCUGAUUGCAUGCCCUCCAAUGCUGCAACAGGACCACAAACACAGGAAAAUCAUCAGUUGAGUGACGGAGGCAACCACAAGUCUAAUGGACCUUCCACAAUGCAAAAUGCAUCACAGGUCCCAAAACCAAAUACUUUGGAAUUUUUGCUUUUUGAAUUGUCAGUUCCCUCUGUUGAAACUGCUGGUAGUGUAUCUGAAGAUUCAAAUAAAGAUAAUCCUCCAUCAACUACAUCUGGAGGCAAUAUGCCCAUGAGUGGUGACAUUUCAGCAGCAGUGCCAUCAGGGCUGAUGUUAACUUUACUAGACAAUAUGGGAGCUUCUACCAAUGCAACUGGAGGCAAUGUGCCCAUUGAUGUAUCACCAGCUGUAACUCCUGGGCAGAUGUUGGCAUUAUCCAGCAGUGCUGGUACUUCCACAAUUGCAUCAGGAGAAAACAUGCCCAAUGGCAAUGUUUCAGCAGCUGUGCCUUGGGGGCAGAUUUCAACAUCACCCAAUAGUGCUGGUCUUUCUAUAAGUGCAUCUGGAAAAAGUACUCCUGCUGGUGGUAUUUCCCCAGCCGCAACUGUGGACCAAACAUUAUCAUUACAUGAUACUUUUGAUUCUACAACUCCAUCUACUACUAGUUUGCCCGUGCAACCUUCUGAUGGAGCACCUUCACAAGCUGCACCUGCUAUUCAUGGUGAUUCCACUUUCAAGGCUCCAAAUGGGAAACAGGUGCCCAGCAUGCAGCAACAUCAGCUUUCUGAAUUUCCUUCUGCAGACAGUAAACCUAGUGGACAACCCACUUGUACUACUACAGUUGGACCUCCAAAUAACCAGCUGUGGACUUCUCUGAAUGUGCCUAAUGCUCAAGGACCUGAUAGCGCUUCUGCUGAAUUCACUCACGAUGUCACAAAAGUAGCCCAAGAAUCCAGUUCUGGAGUUAAAUCCCAGCAACUCCCAGUGGAAACGAAGUCUAUUGGAAGAAAGGAACUCCCUGCAGACCUUUUCACUGCAAGUUAUUCACCAGCGACUGGGUCAAUUCCAGGUUGGCAAAGUGCUCUACCUUAUGGCAUGGGAUUCGGCAUGCAGUAUUAUCCUAAUGCAGCGCCUGUGGUAAAAUAUCUUAACCAUGCAAAAUCAAGCAACCCAUUUGAUCUAAACGACGAAACCACUUCAGUACAAGUUUCACCAGCAGCACUUACUAAUGUGUCAGUUCCAAGGAACUUAUUGCCCUCUACCAGCAUCGACAAAAAUUCUUUAGGGUUAAUGGCAACUCAAGCACCGUCUUAUGCAUCUGCAAUGCCUCUACAAUCUUCUUCCUUUGCAUCACCCACAUCUGGUGCAUACAUGGGGCAACAACUCCACAUGAAUACACAACCUUCUAGGCCACAAGGAGCUGCAGGUGCCUAUGAUACUGACGCCCAUUUUGGCUCACAAAACAUAACCCAGCAAUCUUCCAGCGGCUAUCCACUACCUUCUGCUCCAAAUUCACUUCCUUCUAUGGGAGGGAACCCAUUUGGAUAAACCAAGGAUUAUAUUUGGGUUACAGUCUCUUAAGUUUGUGGAACAGAAAUCUGGGGUUCCUUCUGUUGAGGAUCAAAUGAAACAGGCUGCCUGAAAUGAGAUGGUACUUCUGUAUCUGUGGUGAUGAAGAUGAUUCUGAAAGAACACAUAGAGGUGAUCACUGUGGAUGAAGCUAUAUUUUCAAGAACAUAUAGAAGUGAUCAUACUGUAUAAAGGUGAAUUUUCAUGAACACAUCAUGAAUGUCAUCAUCAGAACAGAUUCGUUCUGAUUACCUGGUCACCUAGGGUUCCCAUUGAUCCAUUGGCAUAGCUCAUUGUCCUUUGUAGUUUUACAUAGUGAUCAAUCUUUGUAGUAAAUAAAGGUAUAUUUUCUUUAUACAUCGUGAAUGCCAUCAUCAAGACAGAUUCGUUCUGAUUCCCAUUGAUCCAUUAGCAUACCUCGUAGUACUUUCUAGUUUUAUCAAUCUUUGUAUAAUUUCUUACAGGGCACUGUUACCAUUUAUAUACUGCUCGUCUGCUAUUUCCAAA